UCACAUAAUAUGUCAGCGCCUAAUGGCAAUACAUCAUGUCUGAUAUCAACAAGCAACUAUUAGAUUAUUUAUCUCAAAAUAAGAGCCAUAGUAGUGGUCAAGACGCAGAUGGCGAAUCAUCACAUAGCGUCGGAAAGUUUUCAUGGUUUACACAGUUGAGGAGACCAGCGAUUUCUAGUGAAGCUAACGAUAAUGCCUGGUUGCAAGAAGCACAGAAAGAUCCGCUGUUUCCAACAUUGACAAAGAAACAACGGAUUCUUGGUUUCGUGAGUUGCAUAUUGAUGGGUGUCUUUUGCUUUGUCUUGGCAUGGAUGUUCUUCCCGUUUCUGGUGCUAAAAGCAAGAAAAUUUGCCCUCCUGUACACACUAGGCAGUGUCUUCACAAUCGGCAGCUUCGCGAUGCUAUGGGGACCCGUAAAUCACGUGAAGCACAUCUUCUCAGCUCAGCGGCUACCAUUCACGACAACGUACUUUGGCUCUUUGUUCGGCACACUGUACUUUGCUCUUGUGGUGCAGAGCACGCUCCUGACGGCGCUGUGCGCCAUAUUGCAAGUGGUGGCGCUAGUGUGGUACAUGAUCAGCUACAUUCCCGGUGGCCAGACGGGCCUCAGCUUCUUCUCGAAACUCUUCUACUCCGUUUCGUCGAAGGCCGUGUCGUCUGCUCUACCCGUGUGACGUCUAAACCCGAGCCUGUCCGUCAGGGAGAGUAAAACUUUGGUGCAGGCCUAUAGAAACUUCACCUCAUUCUCGGCACCGACAGACGAAUAGGAGCCGUGCUGUAAAUUCACGAUUUUUUCACGCCUGAAGAUUUGGAAUUACAUGUAUUUAUUAAUAUAUGUAUAAUGAUGUAUAAUAAUAUAACAAAUAUGUAUAAUAAUAUAACAAAUAUGUAUAAUAAUAUAACAAAUAUGGAAAUAGGGCAUCUGCGUUUCAAACGGAUGGCUUUCGAGAUGCACGGAUUAUUCCUGUCUUUAUAAUCUAGGGCAACCUUGCUUCUAUAUUUCUACCUGUCUACAUUAUUGGUGUCCUCAAGCCUUUUAUCAAAUUUUAAUAAAUGUUUGAUGUUGAAGUUAUUAA